AAACGAUAUCGUGAGCCAACUAAACAUAAAUAAAAAAUGAUUCUUUUUAGAAGAACGUAUUGAGUGAAGUUUUUGUGAUGUUUGCUUUAAUUAAAAUUAAAAUUCAAACGCAUAUUUCAAAAAUCCAUACACGACAUCAUGUUCACCAGUACAAUUUUCAUCAUCAUCAUCAUAUGUGUCAUAGUCCUCAUCAGCGACACUGCCACUUUCGAGAGUUCAUUUCCCGAUGACUCGUCUCAAAUGGAUGUAUCUUCAUUUAAGGAUCCUUUCGAUUUGCAUAUAGCAGAAGAGAAUGUACUGAAGCAGUAUAAAUGUAAUUAUACAGGAGUUGUGUACUUUCUACACCCUUCAGGAAUGAAUGCCACUUGGAUGAGGAAAUACUUGCAAUAUCAUCAAGCUGAUCUCAACUUCAGACACCUGAAACUAGUCUUCCCCGAUGCUCCGUUAAUACGUUACACUCCUCUUGACGCGAUGAAAUGUCACGCUUGGAUAGAUCGACAAGACAGAACGAAUCUCGGCACUGAAGAUGAAGAUACGGUGGAAAAUUCGUGUCGUCAACUUAAGAAAAUGAUCGAUAAAGAAGUUCGAUCGGGAACUCCUAUGAAUCGAAUUAUCAUAGGAGGAUUACAAACAGGAGGAGAAAUGGCUUUACACGCGGCGUAUCGAUGUUUACCGGAUAUAGCCGGUGUAUUCGCUCUAUCCACAUUUUUACGACAAGAUUCUCGCAUUUACCAGCAUUUGGAAAGAAAUAAAACUUCAAGACGACCUCCAUUACUGAAAGCAUUCUGGGUCAGAGAUCAAGUAAUUCCUCCAUUAUACAGUCAACAGACAUUCGAUAAAUUGAUAAGCCUAGGUGUGCCAGGAGAAUCACUCCUUUUGCAGCCCUUAGAAUACAUCAUGUCCUCUAAAGAGUUGACUUACGUGUGGAAAUGGAUUUGUAAAUUACUCCCUAAUGCUGAUAAAAAUGUAGGAUUCGAGUUGGAUUUUUAUUUCGACGCUUCACCCGGUACCGGUGAAGUGACCAGUAACGAAGAUGGAUCGUUCUAAGACGAACAAAAAGUUGUGUGAUUUUUGUAACGUGAAAAUAUGUAAUAAAAAUGUAUUUAGGUAUAUCAAUUUUUUAUACAACGAAAAUAAAUUCUUAUCAAUUCA